AUGGCUCUCAAGUUUUACGAGGAAUGCCCGUGCUCAACUCCCCCCAUCUCCCUCGCGCAACGAAUUCGCAGCUUCGCAUGGCUGACGAAGCAUCACCCUCGCCCGUCCGAGCUCUACAUAUCUCUCGAAACUGCACCUCCCCGACUCUUUUGCUCCCUCUUACACUCCUGCCUUAUCCCUUGCCUCUCCUCCCUCACUUCUGUCGAUCUCGACUUCUCCCGACGCCUCCCCUCCCCGCCGUGCCUUCUCUUCUCCCUCUCUCAAGCGCCGCGCCUCGAGUCGCUUACUCUUAUCCAUGCCAUCGAAUGGACGGCAGGCGGAAUGCAUGAGGUGGCGCGGCAUGGCGGAAAUGACUCAGUGCUGGUGGCGCAGAUGUGGGAGCUGAUUUCAGUCAUGGAGGACAAAAGUCAGGAUGACACGGACAGGCCAUUUCCUGUGUUGUCUCGCCUCGAUCUUUCGCUCCCCGUCUGCUCGCCUCUCGUCCUCCGCUUCAUCUCCUGCCUAUCUGCCCAGCUUCACACCCUCUACCUCGUCGCCUCUGCAAAUCACUUUGCUGCUCAGGAGGGCGAAGAGGGCGCUGAAAACGGUACGGGGAACGCGGACGGGUGGAGGGGGCGUGAGAGGGACAUGCACGGAGGAAUUACUUAUUCUUUAGACCUCCCACUAGCCACUGAUGUCAUAUUGGACAAGAUCAACUGCUCCAUCUCGCUCUCCGCCCCUCGUCUCUCCGACCUCGGGUUUUACUGGCAUACCCGCCACUCCCGCCUGCUCCUGCUCCCCACCUGCCCUGCGCACCUGACAGCUCUCUUCCUUAAUACCAAGUGGGCCUGCCCCUGGGGGUUGCACGCGCCUCACCUCACGUCGCUUGAGUCCCUUUGCACCAACAUGCAUCCAGAGCAGGCGGCAUGCCUCCCGCCUGGUGUGAUAGCGACCGUAAAGCAAGGGGAGGAGGAGGAACGAGUAGAGGAAGAGCCGUCUUCCAUCACCCCUCCGCCCGUGGCGGAAACUUGUUCCGCGGACCUGAGCGCCGUACCCGCCGACGUGUGGGUGCGCAUCGCAAAUGCAGCGGCGGAGAGAGAAGAGUGCGUCUGCUCGUGGCCGCUCCUGCCGUGCGCCAUCGCCAUGCCGUGCGUGCGACGCGCAUUAUCAGCGAGCAACGAGCCUCUUUGCUUCGAAGAAGACUGUCAGUGUCCGCCCCCCGCCGUCUCCCUCGCUCAGCGAAUCCGCAGCUUCGCAUGGCUGACCAAGCAGCACAAAAGCCCUUUGGAUUUCAUUAUCGCUAUCAAUGAAGCGCCUCCCCGCCUCGUCUCCUCCCUCAUGCGCUCCUGCCUCUUCCCCUCCCUCUCCACCAUCACCUCCUUCGAUCUCUAUCUCCCCCGAAGCCUCCCCUCCCAUCCGCGCCUCCUCUUCUCCCUCUCGCAAGCGCCGCGCCUCGAGUCGCUUUUUAUUCAGCAUUGCGGUGCAGCGGACAGCGAGAGCGCGGCUCCAAAUCACCAGUGCAAUGAUCCCGUGAUGGUGGCCGAAAUGUGGGAAAUGGUUUCAAUCAUGGAGGAGAAGAACCCGGAUGACACGGCCAGGCUGUUUCCCGUGUUGUGUCGCCUCGACCUCUCCCUCUCCGCGUGCUCGCCUCUCGUCCUCUGCUUCGUCGCCUGCCUCUCCUCGCAGCUUCACUCUCUUGAUCUCGCGGCUGACGAUCAGUUUGCGGCACAGGAGGGCGAAGAGGGCCCUGAAAUCGGCGAGGACCCACGGGAGAGGGACGUGGACGGACGAACGCCCUUCUCUCUUCACCUCCCGCUGGCCACUGAUGUCAGACUCGGUUGUCUCAAAUGCUCUAUCUCGCUCUCCGCCCCUCGCCUCUCCUCCCUCAAGUUUCGAUGGCAGUGCCGCCACUCCCGCCUGCUCCUGCUCCCCACCUGCCCCACGCACCUCUCAUCUCUCUUCCUUACCACAGACCCGACCUGUCCCUGGGCGUUGCAUGCACCUCACCUCACCUCGCUCCACUCCCUCUGCACCGACAUGGAUCCAGAGCAGGUGGCAUGCUUUCCGCCGGGUGUGAUAGAGACCGUCAAGGUCCUAGAGUGGAGAUGCCCUAUGGAUUUCCGGUCGCUGGAUCUGAGUGUUUGGCACGGCCUGUGUUGUCUCCACGCUGUAGGCUGGGGCCCUGUACCUCUCGGCUUGUCGAAGCGGUCUUGGAGGCGGACGAGAGAGUCGAGGAGUGGGGAGCAGCCGCAGCGGGACGACAUCAUGUGGCCCUUCGGCUCUUCCGACAAGCAGCAAGCUCUGCCUCUGCGCCACGAGGGGGGGAGGUCGUACUACGACGUGCAGCCUGGCGAUAACCUGACAAAGAUUGCCGGCCAGCUGGGAAGCACCGUGGAGAUCCUCAUGCAGGCCAAUGCACUCCGCUCAGACCUCUUGCACCCCGGCCAGAGCCUCUGGGUUCCGCGCACAUACACCAUCGCCAAGGGUGACACUCUGUAUGCCAUAGCGCGUAUGCAUGGAACAACAGUGGAUGCAAUUAUGCAGAUCAACAACAUCCAAGAUGCAAACUUGAUUCAUGCAGGUGAAGUAUCAUUGGAUAUGUUUUCCCGCACAUCCCCUCUUUCUAUGAUCUACCUCUCUAUGCUCCUCUGA